UCUCUCCCCCCUCUCCCUCUCCUGCUGGCAGAGGCAGAGGUGAGCCGCCGCCGCCGCUGUUCAUUCGGCUCCCUGCUCUGCUCUGGGAAAAAGCGGCCGACGGAUUAUCCAGCUCGGUAACGUUAGCUCGCCCGGCUAACGGUCAAGACAGCAACCCGAGAAGAGCCAUGAAAAGCCGCUGGAGCCAGUGAAAGUUAGUCACGGCUUAACCUCGGGACUUUAAUGUACGGAAACACACAAAAAAGACGGUUCGCGGAUCAUGCCGUCGCCCUCAAGGGGAACUUUUCUCUGAGAUUUCCACUUGGGAAAGGCUAGCUUAGGGGCUAGCGAGGCUCCAAACUAUUUUUAAUUGGCUUUGGGCUCAAUGGCUCUCGCUUGUUUUUCCCUGUCAUAGCGACAGCCUGGAAAAUUGAAACGGGGAGAGGCCCUGUGAACUUCAUGACAAACCAAAGCCCGGCUUUGAAGCGUAACUUCGGAAGACUCGACAGGCAAAGGACCGAAAAUGAAGAAGCAGUUCAAUCGGAUGAAACAGCUCGCCAAUCAAACAGUUGGCAGAGCGGAGAAAACAGAAGUUCUCAGCGAUGACCUCCUACAGAUUGAACGGCGCAUGGAGUUGGUGCGUGUGGUGUCCCACAACACACACAAGAGGAUGGUCUCAUGUCUACAGGGACACAUCGGCGCAGAUGCAGAGAAGAGACAUUCCGUACCACGCCUCUAUACAGGAAAUGGUCAGAAAAAGCUUCCUCUGACGGCGUUAUCGCAGGCUAUGGUUGAAGGCGGAAACCAAUUGGGAGAAGACUCCUUAAUAGGGAAGAUGAUGGAAGUGUGCGGCGAGGCAGAGAAUCGGCUGGCAUCAGAGCUGAUGCAACAUGAGCUGCAGAUAGAGAAGGACGUUCUGGAUCCCCUCAGCCAGUUAGCAGAGGUGGACAUCCCCAACAUCCUGAAGCAGAGGAAACAGCUGGCCAAAUUGGUGCUGGAUUACGAUUCUGCCAGAGCAAGAUGGUUGCAGGCAACCAAGUCAAUUAUCUCAGGAACAAACACUCAAGCACUGACGGCCAAAGCUGACCUACUGAAGGAGGAGAUGGAUGAAGCAAUGAACAAAGUGGAGCUUUGCAAGGACCAACUCGCUGCAGACAUGUACAGUUUUUUCUCAAAAGAAGGGGAGUAUGCCCGCUACUUUGUAACGCUCUUAGAAGCUCAGGCUGAUUACCACAGAAAGUCUCUCACUCUUCUGGAGGGUGUCCUGCCAACCAUCCAGACUCAGCAAGACUCGUGGACGGAGAAGCCCGCGUUUGGCACGGGGUUGGAUGAACACCUGAAAAGGAGUGGAAGGGAGAUCGCCCUGCCCUUAGAGGCCUGUGUUAUGAUGCUUCUAGAGACUGGCAUGAAGGAAGAGGGUCUUUUCAGAAUCGCAGCAGGAGCAUCCAAACUAAAGAAGCUGAAGGCGGCGCUGGACUGUUCCACGUCACAACUGGAGGAGUUCUAUUCCGACCCCCACGCCGUCGCUGGAGCACUGAAGUCGUACCUGAGAGAACUUCCUGAUCCUCUAAUGACCCAUCAGCUUUAUGAUGAUUGGAACCAGGCAUCCAGCGUGUCGGACCCGGAUAAGAGGCUCCAGGCACUCUGGGUUGUGUGUGAUAAGCUACCAAAGAACAACAAAACCAACCUGAGGUAUCUGGUGAAGUUUUUAGCCAAACUGGCUCAGGACAGCGAGGUGAACAAAAUGACUCCCAGCAACAUCGCCAUCGUCCUGGGACCCAACCUGCUCUGGGCCAAGACUGAGGGGAGUCUGGCUGAGAUGGCUGCAGCUACCUCUGUGCACGUGGUGGCCAUCAUAGAGCCCAUCAUCCAGCAUGCGGACUGGUUCUUUCCUGAGGAUGUGGAGUUCAAUGUGUCCGGCAUGUUUGCGAUGCCCACACCUGCAUCCAACCACAACAAUCACCUAGAUUAUGACUGUGGCACCAUCGAGAGGAAGCGGCCUGGCAGUAUGGUGGGACCAGAGAACGACACAACGCGCAAAGACAACACCCCUAACAAGCACUCGGACCACACCCUUCGUAGAGGCAGUAACACCUUAGGUAGAAAGCAGCACACUUCACCUGCCUUCCAGCCUCCUUUACCCCCCGUGGAGACUCCAGGGCAGGGGCACGGGGCCGGGCAGGUCUCCCAGCCCUCGGCCGAGCCCCAGCCCCAGCCGCAAGCUCCACCGGGGGGGUCAGGGCUUGACAGCUCCCAGCAUAGCUUGGCGCAGGGUCUCGCUGCACUCGCAGCCGCUCAGCAGCUUCUAGCCCAACACACAGAAGAGCUCAGCAACCCAAAGCUACGUGACUCCACACCUGCCCAGACCCCUCUGCUCCAGAGGAAUGGCUCUGGAGGAGGAGGAGGGGGACAGACUGCAGGGCAGCUGGGCACUGGGACCCCCGGGGCUGGACCCAUGGGGCCCAGUCCCCAUAUGAUGCGCAGAGGUACCAAGAAGCAGGCUCCGGCCCCUCCCAAACCCACAAACCCUCCUCCCAGCCAGCCCUGCAAUUCAGUGAACCACACCACCACCACCUCCUCCUCCUCCUCCUCUUCCACCUCCUCCUCAGGCUCAUCCCAGUCCUUCAGCCCCACUCCCAGACCCCUGUCGAGCCACUCGCCCAGCUCUCCCACCUCUCCCAGCUCACAGCCAUGCACCACCCCCAGGCGCCACUCCAGUAACCAGCCCCCAAUCCAAGCGCCCAGCCAUCCACCUCCAGAGCCUCCGACACAGGCCAGCCCUCCCCCGCAGCCCACCACGUCGCACGGCCAGCCCGGCGGAGACCAGCAGAGCACAGACCCCUCACCUCCGGACACCCCGACACCUCCAGACACCCCUCCGCCUUCCACCACCACCCACGACGGCGGCCCCGGGGCCGUCGCUCCUCCGUCCCCGUCUCCCUACCAGACAGGCUCACUUCCCCGGCCGCGACCCGUCCCCAAACCCAGGAACAGACCCAACGUCCCACCGCCACCACAGCCCACCACACUGACCAAUGACACCAACGGGAUCUGUGCCACCGCUUACAAGAUGAUGGACCCAGCGAUGUCUUUUAAAGGGCUGAGUCGAGCUUUGGUCCCUGAGUUCGCUGUAGACCAGCAGCCAGCCUGCUCCCUGCCUCCUCCCAAAGACUGUGACCUGGACACUGAAAGCACCGUCCUAUAAGCAGGAGACGAUGAAACGCUUCGGUCUAGCACUCCCCCCCAGCACAUCUCCUCUCAUCAUCUAAACACACACACACACACAUACACACGAUUCAUUUAGUCUCCCCCUGUACAGUAUCAUCCUAGCAUCCCUCCUCAGAAAGUCUGCUGUUAUCUUCUCCCAGUCUCCCAGACUUUAAUGUGACAUAAUGCACCUUCUGGCAGCCAUGAUGGAGGUCCACAGCUGAUUUGCAUUCUACUAGGGCUGCAGCUAACGAUUAUUUUCACUAUCAAUCAAUCGUUUUGUCUAUAAAUCUAUUAAUGUAAAAGAUCCUGUUUUGUCCGACCAACAGUUGAAAAUCCAGAGAUGUUCAUUUGAGAAGCUGCAACCAGCAAAUAUUUGGCAUU